GAGAGGUUAUUUGGCAGACCGGUUCAGUAUUAACUAAUCUUAAAUUUAGACUUAAUUGUAGCAUUGUGGUGGCUGCGAAGUUUUAGAGGCCCAUAGAUUUGUUUUAGUCUUAACAAGAAAUGAGUGGUCAUCUACCCUACAGAGCUGAAUAUGCCAAAAGCGAUCGCAGCUCUUGUCAAGGAUGCAAACAAAAAAUUGCCAAAGAGACGCUGAGAUUAGCUGUUGUUGUUCAGUCACCAUCAUUUGACGGAGUGAUCCCUAAGUGGUACCACCAGAUAUGCUUCUUCGCCAAGCAACGACCCAAAGCGGUUGGCGACAUAGAACAUUUCGAGGCGCUGAAAUGGGAUGAUCAAGAAAAAAUUCGUGAGAAAGUUACUGCCAUUGCAAAUGGAGCGGGAGCAGCUGAAAAUGGACAAACAAAAGGGAAGAAGGGGAAGAAACGUGCAGGCGGGGCAGAAGGUGGAGCUGCUAAAAAGAUGUUCCUAUGUGAUAUCUCAAAAAGCAGCAGAGCCACUUGCCGCGGAUGUCACGAGAUCAUUAUGAAGGGCGAAUUGAGAGCAGCUAAGAUGGACUAUGAUAGUGACGAUGGCAGAAGGUACGGAGGAGUCCCGUUGUGGCAUCAUCUGGAUUGUUUUGUGAAGCUGCGUCAGGACUUGGGCUUUUUCAUGUCGGCCGAUCAGCUCGAUGGAUUUACAUCUUUGAAGGAUGAAGACAAAGCCAAGUUUAAGGAGGUGUUGCCAGCAAUCAAGGCGAAGCCGAGUGAUUCUGUUGAUGGACCUCCUGCCCCAAAAAAAACCAAGGCAGAACCUGUAAAUGAAGAAGAGAAGAAGGAACUGAAGAAACAAACAGACAUACUUUAUAAAUACACCAAGUUCUUGAAGUCCUUAACGAGAUCAGAACUUGUUGCGAUAAUGAACCAUAAUGAUGAGGAACCAGAGGAUCAGCAUACGAACAUUGAGAGAAUAGCAGACGCGAUGGCGUUUGGCUGGCCAGUUGAGUGUGAAAAGUGCAAGAACGGCCCUCAGAUUUACCGCAUGGCUGACGGAGGCUAUAGAUGCAAGGGUAAUCUCACAGCGUGGGUGGCUUGUGACAACGUUACUACUGAGCCAAAGAGAAAACCCUUCGAGAUCCCUUCCAACAAUCAGCUGGCGGAAAAAUUUGCUGAAUUGAGAUACAAGCCAAAAUUAAGAAAACGAAUCAUCAGAGUUGAGGAACGUACUGUGAAUGUGAAUUUUGGUCCGUCUACUUCUGAGCAAGGACCCAAAAUCAAAAGUGACCGCAUCUUGCCGCUGAAAAACAUGGAGUUUGUCAUAAUUGGAAAGUCACUCAAAAGAGACGAGUUGAAGAAGGAAAUCACUAAACUUGGAGGAAAAGUGGUGACCAAAGUACAUAGCAAGUUGGCUGCAGUCAUAUCGACUCAAGAGGAAGUAGAAAAGAAGAACAAACGAAUGGAGGAAGUGGAAGAAGCCAAUAUUCAGGUGGUUCCGGAAUCAUUCAUCCAAGAGUCUUUAAAAGGUGGAGCAAUCGAGAAUAUAUCCAGAUUGAACAUGGCCAGUUGGGGGUCUGACGCCAAAAAGCGCUUGGAGGGAAUUGAAAGUCUUAAAUCAAAAAGUAUUUCCAAAAGUGCGUUCUCCAAAAGCAACAAGUCAUCGAAGGUGACUCUGAAGGUAAAAGGAGGAUCCGCUGUUGACCCAGAGUCUGGUAUGGAGGAUGUGGCCCACGUAUACAACAAUGGCAAAGACAUCUACUCGGCUGUACUCAGUCUGACUGACAUGCAAAGUGGUGUCAACAAAUAUUACAGAAUUCAAGUGCUCGAGUCUGACAAAAAGACCAAGUAUUGGGUAUUCCGAGCAUGGGGUCGUAUCGGUACAAGUAUCGGAGGAACAAAACUCGAUACGAUGGGCUCACUUCAGGAAGCAAUCAAUAUGUUUAAGGAAAAAUUUGAAGACAGUACUGGCAAUCGGUGGGAGAACCGGCACAACUUCGUCAAAGUGCCCCAUAAAAUGGUGCCGAUGGAUAUCGACUUGGGCACAGAUGAAAGUGACAGUGUUAGACUGAACACAGAGAGUUCCAUUGAAUCCAAACUUCCAAAACCAGUUCAAGACUUGAUUUCGAUGAUUUUCAACGUUGAUACAAUGAAGAAAGUUAUGCUGGAGUUUGAGUUGGAUCUGGAAAAGAUGCCGCUAGGUAAGAUCAGCAAACGGCAGAUACAGCAAGCGUACACGGUGUUGUCUGAGCUACAGCGCGCUCUACAGAAUGAAGACAACAAGUUGAUCAUCACAGAUGGCACCAACAGGUUCUAUACACUGGUGCCACACGACUUCGGCAUCAAACAACCCCCGCCACUGGACAAUCUGGAGAUCAUCAAGAAUAAAAUGGAAAUGCUUGAAAGUUUGCUGGAAAUGGAGGUUGCCUAUAGCAUGCUCAAGAGCGAUCCUGAUAAAAAGGAGGAGGGAGAACAUCACCCGAUAGACCUGCACUACCACAAGCUGAAGGCAGAUAUAGAGCCGCUGCCGAGAGACUCGGAAGAGUUUGUCAUCCUGGAGAAAUAUGUAAAGAACACGCACGCAGCGACCCACACUCAGUAUAGCCUAGUGAUUGAGGAGAUUUUCAAAGUAAAAAGGCAUGUUGAGGAAAGACGGUUUAAACCGUUCAAAAAGUUGCCGAACAGAAAACUAUUGUGGCAUGGAUCCAGACUGACCAACUUUGCUGGGAUACUUUCACAGGGUCUGCGCAUUGCCCCGCCGGAGGCUCCGAGCACUGGAUACAUGUUCGGCAAAGGUAUCUACUUCGCUGAUAUGGUGUCCAAGAGUGCCAACUACUGUAUGACCAGUCCCGUCAACAACACAGGGUUGAUGCUGCUGUGUGAGGUGGCGCUGGGAAAUAUGUACGAGAGAACCCACGCUGAAUACAUAGAGAACUUACCGUCCGGCAAACACAGCUGUAAGGGAGUGGGUGCGACAUGUCCAGACCCGUCGGAAAAAACCGAACUGGACGGAGCAGAGGUCCCCCAUGGAAAACCUACUCAGCAAGCAACACACAAGGAAACAUCACUGUUGUACAACGAGUAUAUUGUUUACGACAUUGGACAGGUAAAGGCGAGAUACUUGUUUAGGAUGAAGUUUGACUACAAGUUUUGAAGCGCUGAAUGAGUUCUGCGGUUUCAAUCCCAGUUGGAGUUCCUGAAAUGCAGUUCACUGAAAGUUGGGAAAUUGUGUAUUUUAUACGAACAUCUUUUUAUAAUGAAUGAAGGAGCAACAAUCCAGUGUGACACCUACCAUUUUUUUGUGUAUAUUCAGUGUUACAUUUGCAGUAAGCUGGUAAAAAAUUUUCAUUUUUGACUACUAUUUUUCUUAGGUUAUUAUAUUUAUACUUGAUGCUACAACACGUGUUACCUUCAAGUGCUGAAAACCAAUAAUCUUGCAUUAUCCAGAUGCACCAUAAUCUUUGCAAACAAUAAGAAUUGUUUUUUGUAAUAAGUUAAAUACAUUGGAUUCAUUUUUUGUGUGAUUUCAAAGGUGUUCUUUCUUAAAUUUUGGAGACAUUCCAAUGAUUUUUCUCAUUAUUAAUUCUUAUUUGUUUACAUUUUGGUCUAGUUUCUCACAGAUUUGUUUUAUUAAGGUAAUUACUGCAUUUAACCUAUUGUGUUAGUUUUUUCUGUGUGUGUAAUUUUGUGGAUUUUCUAGAUAUCCUUUUGUUAAGUUAUUUUGUUAUUUGUUCGUUCUACCGGUUUCAGUGCAUACCAUUAAUCACUUUUUUGUACCUGAAAUUGUACAUUGCUAUACUCAGGAAAUAUACUUUUGAAAAU